GCACACUAACAACAUAAUUGGGCCGACUUAGCUAUAUAAAUGGGCCUAUAUAUGGUACUAGAGGGCUUCGUGAACAACAGAAGGUUUUUGUGGCGCCGACAAAUGGGAAGCGGAAACGAAGAAAUGUGAUGGCAUUGAUUGAAGGCGAGUCGAGUCGAGUCAGACUCGGUCAGAGCGAGUUGAGAGAGCAGUUAAGAAACAGUAGCAGGUAGAAAUGACGGAUGUGUCCCCACUUUCGGACCAGACCACUUUACUCCCCGAGUUAGCAAGUGAAGUGAGAAAACUGUCUGUGUGUCACAUGUUGGCCACUCGCGCGCUAUCCCCGCCCAAGGACCUUACCGUCAUUUUGGUUGGAAACUAG